UUCAAUCAGCUGUUUUUCACAGGCGUCAACAACUUGGUUAUUUUUUGAUUUUUAAUUGAAAACAAUGGACUUUCCGGACAAAAUGGACUUGGAGAACGAGAGGGUGCUGAAGCUGAUAUUCCCCGACGGUGUGCCAGACAAUCUGCGUGGCAAUCCGGAGCUGGAUAACUACCUGGCCAAACUGGGCACCUGCAAGGUGGAGCAGCUGAAGAAGGAGCAGACGCGACUGGCGGAAGAGGCACGCACCAUUCUGGAGCAGACACAGGACCUGGCCAUCUCCAACUACAGAACCUUCAUCACCACCGCGGAGAACUCGCGUUCGAUUUUCAGCGAGUUCCUGCGGUCAGAACAGCAGCUGGACACACUGGUGUCCAAGCUUCCCGACCUCAGUGUCCAGUGCGAACGCUUUCUGCAGGACUCCGCCGAGCUAAAUGAGCAACGGCGUCUGAAUUCCAUUACUUUGCAAAAGAACGCCCAGUUGCUGGAAGUCCUCGAACUGCCGCAACUCAUGGAGCGCUGCAUCCGCGAGGGCCGCUACGAAGAGGCUCUGGAACUGGCCGCCUACGCCACCCGUUUGGGCCAGCAUCAGGGGCACAUUCCCGUGGUCACAAGCAUUGUGCGCUCGGUGGAAGCCCUGUGGCACACCAUGCUGGUGCAGCUGGUUGCACAGCUGCGGACGGAUCUCCAGCUGCCCAAGUGCUUGCAAAUCGUGGGCUACCUUCGCCGGAUGCAGGCAUUCGGAGACAACGAGCUGCGACUGAAGUUUCUGCAGGCAAGGGACGCGUGGUUAACAUCUUGCCUGGAGGCCAUAACCACUGCAGAUGCCCAGCAGCACCUAUCGAAAACCAUCGAGAUUACUCGUAUAAAUCUGUUCAAUAUAAUCACCCAGUAUCGUGCAAUUUUCCCGGAAGACGAAGGCACUCUGAAGACGCAGAGUUCUUUAAGACCGCUGCAGGGCGUCAGCUGCAACGGAGACAGACUUUUCCAGGCCUGGCUGCACAAUAAGAUCAACGACUUUCUGCAGACUCUGGAACGCGAUCUACAACUAGGAGUUGGCUCCGUGGAAACAGUGCUUGGUCAGUGCAUGUACUUUGGCCUGUCGUUUAGCCGCGUGGGCGCUGAUUUUCGUGCUCUUAUGGCUCCAAUUUUCGUGGGCGUGAUCCGCCGUCGCUUUGAGAGCAGCGUGGAGCAGGUCGACGAGCAGUUUGAGCGGGAACUGGAGAGAUUCACCUUAAUCAACAAGGUGGCACUGCACUCUCACGCCCGCAAGCAGGUUGAUCCCGAGCAGGAGUCUUACGCGCCGCCCGAAACUCUAUUGGAUUUCUAUCCCCUGGCCGCUUUGUGCAAUGGCUAUCUGAGCGCCUUGAACGAGCUGCGUCUGUGUGCUCCAUUGGCCUUGGCCACCGAUGUUACCCGCUGUCUGCAGCACUCCCUGCAACAUGCUGCUCAGCGUGUGCUUGCCUUCUAUCGGCAGGAGCAGCAGGCCUUCGCCGGCAGCGAACGAGAGGCAUUUGUACGGCUCUGCUCUUGUCUGGCCUACGACCUGGUACCCUAUAUUCAGAGGUGCAUCCAUGGAGUCUUUCCCCCGCAGUCGCUAACUGUUCACUUGGGCAUUAGCUUGCUCCAGCUAGAGCAACAGCAGCUCACCUACUUGCAGCAGACUCGCAUUCUUGAGCCCUUGAAGCACUUACUGCCGACCAAGGCGCUGGUGCAGCCCCAGGAAAAAGUGUUGGAGGCUAAGCCAAGCACUGCGGUGCCUGUCACUGCCGAGGGAUAAAGCAGUCCAACGCAAUAUUAGUUGUUAUAUAUAUUCCAAUAUUUAUAAAUAUACCUACCCUUAAAGGCAUAAAGUUUAA